CGUCAUUCCGAUCUUUCAUCUCCUGUCGCCCCGAGCCAUCAGUUUGCCGCACAAAAAUUGCACCACGGCAAUCUUGCAGUCCACCGCUGCAACUCGACGCCCCUUUCGCUAUCCUGCCUCGUCAAGAACCGCCCGCAAUAUCGAAAAGCAGAGACGUCGACGCUGUCGUCCUCUGCGACGUUUGCUGGCCCGCGCCUGAUUGGCUCAUAUCCCGCAGCCCCAAGUCGCUUCGACUCGAAGAUGGAUUGAGGCUCGCGCUGCCAAAUAACAGCAGUCGUUUGUCUUUCGGCUCGGUCAGUGUCGGAACACAUCUGCAGUUGUCGGAACACCUUGCUGUCGCCUCCGUCGCAUUGUAGUCCUUCUUGGCGGUGUAUUUGCUGUAUACCGCCCAAUGCACCAUGGCCGAUCGAGAUUCGAGUUCUUCAUUGUCCUCUCCCGGCCCGGAUUCUCCACACAACCACGUUUCUGGCGUUCUUCCUGCACUGCAACCCGCUGAUGAAAUUCGCGUUGUUGGUGCCCGAUCGAGCGGAGGUGUCGCCACUCCCCAUUCCGCCGACCCCACCGCCGCCUCAACCACCACCGCUGCAGCACCCAAAAAGCGCACACGCAAGCCAAAAGAGCCAAAGCCCGACGGCGAAGAAAAAGACAAGCCCGCAAAGAAACCUCGGAAACCGCGUGAGCCCAAAGUGAAGAACGAGGAUGGGUCCGUCCCUGCCCCACAGCGCAAACGCGCAAAGGCUGCAGCUGCAGACACGCAAAAGACCCUUGAUCAAAUGGUCACGCAGUUCCAAGCACCUGGACUGCCCGCGAGUGCACCACAACCACCGCCCCAGCAGAACUAUCCCCCAUUAAUCCUCCCGUCACAACCUCAACAGCCUCACCAAGUACCAGAUACGGUGAUGCGCGACAGUCUACCGCCGCCUGCAUCCAAACCACCAACACCGCGGCCAUAUUCGAGUGGACAGAACUACGACCCUAUACGCGGCGCGACAAUCGAUUCAGCGCCGCAGCAACCUCCGCCACCGCCGCCACGAACAGUCGUUUCAAAUGGCUCAGCCCAUGCGUCCCCGUUGAUCAAUCGAGCAUCUGCAUCGCCAUCGAUCACAAGUUUGAUCGACCCUCCAGCAACAAAGCCUUUGAUCCCUCUGUCAUACUCAUCACAAGCGCCUCAGCAAACGCACGGACCGCUGCCGCCUUUUAUUGGUUCGAAUCAGCAUUCACCUACACCGCAAAGAGCAUCAAUAUCUGCUUCGAUGUUGCCCUCUCAAUCUGCACCUGUACAACAACAACCACCAAAACCGAACCCUCAACAACCUUCAUUGCCCAACAUGGAUGGAGCAAUGGAUGUUGACGCUCCCCCGAAGCAGCCUGCCUUGCAGUCAGGCCUCGAGAUCAAGCAAUCGAAAUCCUCUUCUUCUGCACCCACGCCACAGCUUCAAAAAGAGAAGAAGACCGCAUCGCCACCAAAAGCAGCUGGAACUGGACUCUUAGCUAGUAGUGACCUCUUUGGUGGACCUGGUUCCAAGCAGAAUGUCGAACCACGUGGCGUCGAUAUAUGCAUUCAGAUCAAGCUGAAUCCGGCUGGCGGCAACACGAUCAACAUCGCACAGGAAAUCGCGAAGAAGUAUGGACGUGACGCCAUCAACCCUCGCGCAGCGGCGCACCGAGAACGCCUACUCCAGGUCGCUGCUGCUGCAAAUCGACUCGAGGGUGGAACUGGUGAUGAUAUAUCUGUUGAUCUCAUGUCGGAAGUCGAUGGCGAUAGCAACGUCGAGAUGGGUGGCAUGGACGACGGAGGUAACACCGCUACCGGAGCUGAUGACGAUAAGCCCAAGAGAAAGCGCAGACGCAAGGAAGAAGAGUAUGACAAGGAAGAUGAUUUCAUUGACGAUACAGAGCUGGCAUGGCAGGAGAAAGCCGCUGUAGCCAAGGAUGGCUUCUUUGUCUACUCGGGUCCUCUGGUUCCAGAAGGACAAACUGCACAAGUCGAGUCCUCCACAUCGUCGGGUCGCGGUAGAGGUGGCGGGAGAGGCCGAGGCCGCGGUCGUGGUGCUAAAGACGCCAACGCAAGUGGUCGCGCGGACGCAGAGAAGACCAAGGAUCCUAAUGCACCAACAAGAGGUCGCGGCAGUAGAGGAGGCCGUACUGCUGGAGCGCCUCGUAAGCCGCGCAUCACCAAGGCCGACCGAGAGCGUAUGGAGGCAGAGAAGGCGGAACGCGAGCGUAUUGCAAAUCAUACCAACCCUCCACCGCUUCAGCUCGCACCAACGAAUACCGUCACGCCGCCGAAUCUUGGACAGCUGGCUCAGCAACAGCUGCCCAUGUUCACGAAUGGAGCGACCCUCGUCCCAAACUAG